AUGCCAUCGUUAGCAGGCAAUACCGCUGAUCACGACAUGUUCGACGGCCUCACUGGCAACAUUCGAGACGCGUAUCCCAUGUCACAUGAUGGUGAUUUUCACCCUGGACAUCUCCCCGGCAACGAUUUCGCACCGCCAAUCAGACCACCCUCAUCUCCAAUCAAAUACGAUGGCGGUUGGCCCCAUCACUAUCUUCCCAUCCCACAUCCCAGUCCCUCGCCACCGCCAAUGCUUGUGGCGGCGGCUUCAACAAGUGCCACACUACCAAACGGACCGCAGGCUCCUUCCAGCCCAAUCAUAUAUGAUGGGGGCUGGCACCCGCACCGUCUUUCCCUCCCAUCUUCCAGUCCCUCGCCGCUGCCACUGCUUCCGCCAAUGCCAAAUGUUGUCAGCGGCACUGGCAAACGCAAGGAGCGAGCAUCUGAGAUUGACCCGUCCUUGAUCCUUUUACCGCACGUGACUCCUCCCCUCCCGGUCCUUCCUCCCUCCCCGGUCCCCUCCCGCUGCACCUCGGCGGCUGGCGCUAGCCCACGCGCGUUUUGCCGCUCGUAUUUGCCGCUCGCACAUUCCCGCGGCGUCAUCCCCGCAGACCUGGCUUCUGGCCCGCUCCCUCAGGCUCCCACCACGCGGAAAACUCCCCGCCCAUUCCUCGCCUUCUUUCUGUCCCCCCGCCCUCUGCACCGCGGCGCCAGCCCGCGUCGUCCCAGGGCCUCACAUAUUGCCGCUUCUAUAGCCCGCUCGCAUUUCCCGCUCGCAUUUCCCGCCCCUCCUCGCCCCUCGCCCCUCGUCCUCAUCAUCCCCAGGCCGCGCCCGCUCGCGGACGCCGGCGGGUGCCAACGCACAGGACCCCGCUGCUCGCGCCGACCAGCAGCGCAUGCCGGCGGCUUCCUCGCGCAUGCCGUCGGCUUCCUCGCGCAUGCCAACGCGUUACGCCGCCAGUGCCGGUCCGCGAGCCAACGCGCGGUCCGCGGUCAGCGGUCUUGGGCUUGGGCUGGGGCGCAGUUCGUCCGUUCGUUCGCGCAGACGCGGACGCCGACGCCGACGACGGGGUUAAGGCCUCCAACCGCCCACCGCAGGCCCACGAAGGGCAGACAAGCAGAGGCGCCACCCUGGCCGUCGCCCGCCUCCCUUUGUCCCGCCCCCCCUUCCCCCUCCCCCCUCUCCCCUUCCCCCUCUCCCCAUCCCCCCAACGCCCUCUCCCGUCCGCCCCUCCCUCCUCCGCCCCUUCCCUCCUCCGCCCGCCCAGAGCCCGCGGGUACGUCAUACGUCACCGGCACGCCGGCAACCGGCAGCCUUAACCUUAACCUUCCUUUCCCUGCCUGCGUCCCUGACCGCGUUCCCCGCGCGGCCGGUCCGCACCCGACCCUGACCCUGACCCACCGAUGUGGAUAUGAUAUCGAUAUCGAUGGCCGCGCAGCAAUAUCGAUGGCGAUGGCAUCGAUAUCGAUAUCGAUGGCGAUGGCGGUGGCCGCGGCCCGUCGCCGCGCCCGCACGGCGACUGGACACGGGAUGUACUCUCGCGGCGUGCGGUUGGCUGGGCUGCUGUCGGCGGGCACGGGCGCCGCGAUCGCGGCGGAGGCCCGAGGCCGAGGCACGUGGCGCGAUCUCGGUGAGGAGGGCCCGGGGCGCUCGCCCGGCCGCCGGCGACCGGGGCACGGCGUCGGCGUCGGCGACGGCGAUGGCGGGCGGGCGCGUGGGGUCCUACCAGGCUGGAGGCGCACGUGCACGGGCCAGAGCUUAUGGCGGGCGGGCGACGCGCGGUCGUUGAUGGCACGUGCCCGGCGGGCGGGCGGGCGGGCCGGGUCCGUCGGGCCUGGCGUUGCGGCGUGUAGCACCGAGGUGGAGCGCGGCGCCGACGGGGGCGCGGCAGGGCGUUACGGGGCGAUGCAGACGGACCGCGUGGGGUGCGCGAGCGCGAGCUUAGCUGCAGCUGCAGCGCGGGGAGGGAGGGAGGGAGGGGAGGAGUCGGAGUCGGAGCCGGAGGUGGCGAGGCAGAGUCCGGGUCAGAGCGGGCUGGGCUGGACGUGGGCGCAGGCGCAGGCGCAGACGGCGGGCGUGAUAGGGGACGCAGAUGGAUUGGACUGGACUGGACUGGACUGGAUUCAGGUGCGUCCAUUCUAUACUCCAGCGCAUCUCCAGAGGGGUGGAGGUGAGCAGAGAAAGACGUCUGCGCCGUCCCGCACUGGCAGCGCCCCGACGCGUGCAGACGAACGCUGGGCACGCGCGAAAGAGGAAGUGCUCGUAGCCCGUGCCGGCCGCGUCCGCGUCACAGGUGGUGCACAGCACAGGCCGCCGCCCUCUCUGCCGCCGCCGCCCUCUCUGCCGCCGCCGCCCUCUCUGCCGCCGCCGCCGCCGCCGCCGCGAAUCGGGCUGCGCGCCACUGGCAGCCGGAGCCCAGCAUGGACGUGGCCACCGCACACUCGCACUGCGACGACCCGGCGCCCCAGCGUACACGCCCGCGGACGUCCAGGUGCGCUGUUCUCCCUCCCCCUUCUCUCCGUCCCUGCCCUCUCUUUCCUCGCGCCUUUCGCUCUUCCCCGCCCCGUGCAUCCGUCGAUCGCUGAUCCGCCCCAGCGCUACCUGGGCACCCGCCCCCGCCCCCGCCAGGCACACAAAAUGGCGUUCCUCGCGCGGCUGCGCGUGCGCGUGCGCCGCGCGCUCGGGCUCGCGCCGUCCGCGUGA